UAAAAAAUGACGCAAUGAUUCAAAAUGUCUCUCACAAUGUUUUUUUUUAGCAACCUCACUGUGAUAUAGCCAGACUUUAUGGUGCUAGUGAUCACAGCUUUGAUGUAUUGCUACGAACUAAUGCCUUUCUUUUCUACCAUUACAUUUUAUUUCUGUUUAUUUUUGACGUGUGAUCUAAUAGGUAGAAACUGUAACAUGGCAGCUCUUGAACUGCAUGCAUACCAGAAGGAAGUGGCUGAGAGGGCUUUUCACAAGGAAAACAUCAUCAUUUGGUUGCCGACAGGAGGUGGAAAGACACGAGCUGCUGUCUAUGUUGCUAAAAGACACCUGGAGACCACGCCAAAGGCAAAGGUGGUGGUCCUGGUGAACACGGUUCCCCUUGUAGAUCAACAUUAUAAAAACGAGUUCAAACCUCACCUUGGCCACGAUUACACCGUGUUGCCGGUCAGUGGAGAGACAGCGGAGAAGGACUUCUUUGGGAUAGUGGUGCAAGAAAAGGACGUGGUCAUCUGCACAGCACAGAUUUUGUAUAAUGCUCUAAUAAACAAGGAGGAGGGCAAACAUGUUGAGCUCUCAGAUAUUACUCUACUGAUAAUCGAUGAGUGUCAUCACACCCACAAGGAAGCAGUCUACAACAAAGUGAUGACAUGCUACUUGGAGAAAAAACUAAAAGGAGAGAAACCUUUGCCACAGAUCCUGGGUCUCACUGCAUCACCGGGGACAGGGGGCGCAAAGGACUUUGAAAAAGCUGUGGAGCACGUACUGCAGAUUUGUGCCAACCUUGACUCAGCCAUAGUUUCAACUAAAAACUAUCUCUCCGAGCUGAAAGAGAAAGUACCAAAGCCCAUCAAGAAGUUUGCCAUUGUGGACGAAAGACCUGAGGAUCCAUUCGGUGAUCACCUGAAGUCCAUGAUGCAGAUGAUCCAUGAGUACAUGAUCCUUCCUCCGAACUUCAGAUUGAGACAGUUGGGCACUCAAGAGUAUGAAUCAGAUGUGGUGGAACUCGAGAAGAUAGGAGUCAAAAAUGAGAACAGACUACUAGCACAAUGUGCACUUCACCUCCGACGGUACAACGAUGCCCUUCUCAUCAACGACACGCUGCGGAUGAUAGAUGCUUAUCGCUCCCUGGAGGAGUUCUACAGCAAAUUCACCAGAGAGAUUGAUGGAACAGAUGUCUUCCUGGUGGGGCUUUUCCAAGAGAAUAAGGUGACUCUGAAGAUAUUGGCUGAAGAUUCUUGCUAUGCGAACCCAAAGAUGGACAAAUUAAAGAGCACUCUGCUAGAGCAGUUUGGUCCAAGUGAAAAUUCAAAGGGGAUCCUUUUCAGCCAAACCCGUAAAAGCACCCACUGCCUGAACGACUGGAUCCUCAACGAUAAAAACUUUAAGGAAGCGGGUAUCAAGCCAGCCAUCCUCACUGGUGCUGGCAAUGGUAUCACUUACAUGACAUUGAACGAGCAGUCAGAAACAAUCCGCAAUUUUCGCCUAGGUGCUGUCAACCUCCUGAUCUCCACCAGUGUGGCUGAAGAAGGCCUCGACAUCCCUGAAUGCAACCUGGUGGUACGCUACGGACUGCUAACAAAUGAGAUUGCCCAGCAGCAGGCCAGGGGACGUGCCCGGGCAAAAGACAGCCUGUAUUCAGUGGUCGCCAAGAAAGGGGGGCGGGAAGAGCGGCGAGAGCACACCAAUGAAUAUCUGGAAGAGCUGACUUCAAAAGCUAUUGCUAAGGUCCAAGAGAUGAGCCCCCAAGAAUUUUACAAAAAGAUAGCUGCACUACAAAAGGAGGCAGCUACUUCCAGAAAAGUUGCAGAGAAACGCAAAAUGGAGAAGAGGAGUCGCUACACUGCUGCUAGUGUCAACCUCGUGUGUCGAAGCUGUUUCACCUCUGUGGCCCCAGCCAGUGACCUCAGACUCCUUGAGGGUGUGCACUAUGUCAACGUCAACCCAGACUUUGAGAAAAACUACAAAGUCGGUGGGCAGGUGGUGCUAGAAAAGACGUUUGAGGACUGGGAGCCUGGGCGUAAGAUCAGUUGCAGAAAAUGCGACAAGGACUGGGGAUUUGAGAUGAAGUACAAGGGGGAUGCCCUGCUGCCCAAUCUAAGCAUUAAGAAUUUAGCCCUGGAUACCCCCGAGGAGGGCAGGCUCACUUUGAAAAAGUGGAAGGAUAUCCCUUUCACUGUGGAGGACUUCAGCUUAGUAGAAUACUGCAAUGAGAACUGCCCUGACAUGUUAGAUGAUUGAGACAACAACAGGAGAGUGCUCUACUAAACAUGUUAUUUUUUUAUCAGUUUUUAAUUACCAUCUUUUGGUGUUAGAUGGGCUGUGCUCAGUUAGAGUGAGCAUCAUUGUAUUGUUGGAGGUGCCUUUACAUGGACACUGGCUUUUUCUUAAGACUCGCUUCUCACAUUGCAUUAACUUAUGCUGCCAGGCGAGUGAGGCAGCAGUGUGCUAAAACCCAUUAUGCAUCGAUCAUGCUUGAAAUUAGCAUGAAAGCUUUGUUUAUGCCCAGGGUCCUUACCCCCUUUGCAUGAAUUUCCUCUGCUUUGUCUCAAGUCAAGUACAGAAAAAGCACACAAUGAACUCUGCUGUAACAUAAACGUUAACCAUCCAGAGCACUUGACAUGUCAAAGAGGAUUCCUUAUGAAUUCUCUUUUUGAAAUUCAAAACCUUUUUAAAUGACAGCUAUUUGUUCACAGCUGUUGCUGUAGAAUAUAUAUGUAAGUUUGUUGUAUAAAGAUAUUGUGGUGUACUGAUUAUCUCAAAUAAUUACUGAUUUGAAAGAUAACAUUUAUAUUGGUUGAUUUGGUUGUGUUUCUGUAUUCUAUUUAUUGAAUAACAACAAAUUAUGAUCAUUUUUUGUGAAGUAAAAUUACAUUAGCGAUGACAUUUUAAUAAACCUUCUUGAAAUGA